AUGGCGUGGACCGUUUUCGCUUGCAUCCACAUUGUCAUCCGCCAGUUCCGUCUUAAGGACGAUCCAAACCUGGUGCUGGGCAAUAACGUCUUUAUUUACGUCGUCAUGUCCACAAUAUCGACCAUUGGCCCCUGCUUCGUCAUGUCCUUUAUGUAUCUCGACCCCUGGCGCAUGUUCACCUCCUUCCUGCAGUACCUGAUCCUCCUGCCGUCGUACAUCUGCACGCUGCAGAUCUACGCCAUCUGCAACACGCAUGACGUGACCUGGGGUACCAUGAGCGAUAACUUGAACAAAACCGACCUGGGCAUUGCCAAGGGUGAUGGUUCGAAGGUCGUGCUAGAAACGCCCUCUAAACAGUUAGACAUUGACUCUGGGUACGACGAAGCCCUCCGCAACCUGCGCGAUCGCGUCGAGGUGCCCAAGCAACUAUCUCCGAGGAACAGCUGCAGCAAGAUUACUACAAGAGCGUCCGUACCUACAUGGUGCUAG